UUGUGCCCCUAAUCCUCCCUCCUCCUCCAAUGUGGAAAGAAAAACCAUAGAACAUUUCUAAGGAAGAAUGACUGAAUAUGAGACUGAAGGAGAAAAUGCAGUUCAAAUCACCUCAAGAUUUAUAAAGUCUGACUGACAGGAACAAUAGAAGGGCUAUUAGCAGAAGGGGAAUAAAGGAAUGAGUUUAAGGGAUCACCUAGAAGCCGUAGGUCACACAUGUAUUCUGAAAGACACCCUUGGCUUUGAAAGCUCCUCGGCAGUAACCAGCUUAAUUGUCACUGAGAAGUGUGAGGCAGCCCUUGCCCUUCAUCUGUAUAAAGGAGGCAGAUUUUUGCAAGGUCAAAAAAUUCCUUUCGGAAUCAUUUUUGGAGGAACAGAUAUAAAUGAAGAUAUUAACCAUGAAGAAAAGAGUCAGGUGAUGGGGACUGUUCUAGAAGAAGCCAGAUUUGCAGUGGCUUUUACGGAAUCAAUGAAGGAAAUGGCACUAACUAAGUGGUCACAUGCGAAGGGUAAAAUCUAUGUCCAAAAUCAAGGAGUUUCAACAAUACCAAAUGUCAUCUUUAAUUGGAACACAUUUCUACAAAGUACAGAUUUUCCACUCCGGAGAUUGCAAAUCAGGACUCAUACCAGAUGGUCAAAAGAAAUCAAUCAAGGAGCAGAUAAUUUGCACAUUUUUCUUUUGAUAUGUGGACUUAGACGAGUCAAAGAUCCUCUUUAUUUGGUGGAUGCAUUCUCAGAAUGGCAUCAAGAAGAACCCAAUGUUUACAUGGUUAUUUUGGGACCUGAAGUUGAUCCAGUGUUUACAAAUGAAGUGAAAGCCAGAGUAAAAAGGGCAGCUGGGGUACAAUUGAUGGGGGAGAUGCCUUCAGAAGAUCUUCAUGCUGUUGUGAAAAAUUGCUUUGCUGUUGUGAAUAGCUCCAUUUCAGAAGGAAUGUCAGCUGCAGUUCUGGAGGCAAUGGACCUGGAAGUUCCUGUGUUGGCAAGAAACAUUCCUGGCAAUGCGGCCAUUGUUAAGCACGAAGAGACAGGAUUAUUGUUCUCCAAUCCUCAGGAAUUUGUACAGCUGGCCAAAAGACUGGUCAAUGAUCCUGCAUUAGAAAAGAAAAUCGUGACACAAGGAAAAGAGUAUGUGAAAUUGUGCCAUUCAUGGAAAUCUGAAAGAGAUACCUAUCAAAAUCUCAUGCGGAAACUUCAGUGAAUUAUCAAGUGUUAGGAAAAUGUGCAUGGGAUUCAUCAUGUGUCAUUCCAAAUCAAUUAUAAACCACAACCCAUGGGUAUUACAUCCAGAUCUGAAUUUAAGUCAGUGGGGUCCAUUUUAGUAAAAAUCAGACAUAUUUCAUUGGAAUCUUAGAGGGACACAAAUGUUCAGUCAUAGAAUGCUCAUUCAAACCCUAAAAUUAGAAAUCUGUUCAGUACUUUAUAAUUGUCCUGUCUAAAUAUCCCUGAUGUAUUGCAUCAACUGAUUGUGGUGGAGGUUCAGAAGCUAAUUUCAGAGGAAUUAGCUUUUAGCAGAAGUGGGGUUUAAAAAAAAUCUGUCCCAGAGAAACAUAGCUAUAGUUUUCAGGCAGAUAAACCUUCAAUGCACACAUACUCAAUACCCUCCCCACCCUCAAUCCAUCCAUGCAUUUUUUUAAAAGAAUUAUGGAAUAAAACAAGCAUUUCUAUAACAUAGUACAAUAAAAAAGAUGAUUGCACAUGAAACUACAAAUCUGCUAUGCACAAUUUGCUAUUUCUUUCAAAUAUACAAUAAAAUGAUCAUGUAAAUUUCUUUUUUUUUUCCUUCCCUCCCCUCCACCUCCUACCCUAGAGAUGGCUACCAUUAGGUCGGUCAAUAGACAACAAGAUUUUUUAAAUGGCAAAGAAAAUCUCAAGGGGAAAAUGUCCUUUAUCAUCUUUCUUGUAAAGUGAAUUAAAUUCAUAUUUUGACAUUUAAAUCUUAGGAAUACAGAUACAAGGUGUUUGAAGUAUUAAGUAUAAAAUCUGGCAAUCGGUUGGUUUGUACUUAGUGUUUAAAAACUUGUAGGUGGACUUCCUCCACUGAAAUCCUGUUCUGAUACCUCCUUGUGGCCUGGAAAAGACUUUGGGCUUUUUUCAGGACCAGUCCAAGUUCAGAGAGAUUCAUCAGGUUGGCUUUAGGUUAAUGCAUUUUUUGGACAACAUAGUUAUAAGAAUCAUCUGUUACACAGUGUGUGUGUAUGUAUGUAUGUGUGUGUGUUUUGAAAUUAAGUGAUUUGCCUAGGGUCACAUAGCUAGGAAGUAUUAAGUGUCUGAAGCCGGAUUUGAACUCCAGAGCUAGUGCUCUUUCUACUGCACCAUCUCCUAUAAAUUUUUGUGGGGGUGUGAUUAUGCCUUGGGAGUGAGUACCCCCUACUCAUGAAUGUCUAGACCCUGGAAGUAUUGAAGGGGGAAACGCUGUCCGUAGUACUGGAUACAGUGAUAUGAAAUGGGUAUAUCUUACCCUAGGCAUCUAUUAACUCAUCAGUUACAUAAUUAGAAGAUGGGGGCUAGAAUCUAGAGGAAAGAACAAAAUUCAGAAUACUUGGCUUUUUGUUCUAGUUUGAUGGAAUGAGGAAGAUUGAGGAAGAGGCCAUGGGAUCUGGAGUAGCCUAAAGUCACCAGUUGGCUGGAAGAGGCUGAUCUGGGUACACCAAGCCUGUGCCAUCCCUGCCCCCCCCCAAAAAAAAAGUGAAAAGGUUAAGAAUUAUCUGGGCCCAAUUCAGAAUUUCCCUCUCCCAACUACCCUCAGGACCAUGGCAGACACAGGGGACCAAUGUUGGUGAGAAAACCAUAUAUUCUUUGUUAUGUGUAUUGUUCAGUUUAACCCUUUAAUUGUGCAAUAUCUCCCUUUUAUUGUUAAUAAGCUUUGAGAAUAGGAACUAUAGCUGUGAUUUCAUUGAUAGAACUCCCAAUUUUCUCUAGCAAUUUAUGUGUCAAGUGCUCUGUAACUUAAUGUACCUCAACAUUUAAGAGAUGAGACCUUGUGAGUGGUUCAUUGUCAAAGGUAGUAUGUGAACCCAGUCUUUCUGGCUUUGUGACUAUUCCCUAUCCAUUAUACCACACUACCUUUCCUAUUAAUACAUAUUAAUCCCUUGUAAUAAAGUUCACUUAUCCACCAAACAUGAACUCUAUAGAAUGCUUUAAGAUUUGCAAAGCACUUUCCAUAUAUUAUCUCACUCAAUCCUCACACAUCCCUGUGAGGUCAGGGCUGUUAUUAUCCCCAUUUUACAGAUUAGAUGACUGAGGCUCAAAGGUCUUAUAAUAGUUUCUGAAGCAAGAUUCAAAUUCAGGUCUUCCCAACUCCCAAAUUCAUAGUUCCCAUCUCCUACUUGCCUCUGAAUUUGCCUUGAAAACUGCCUGUUGUAGACAGCAGUAUGUUCAUUUCCAUGAGUGUGCUGUCACCCCCUAAUUAAGAGGGAGGGAGAAAAUUGAUUGAAACCCAUGGUUUAGACACUCAAGGCUUCAUGUAAAAGGGGGGAGUGGGAAAAGUAGGCAAAUGUUAUCUGGGGCCACUCACAUCCCAUUUGAGAAAAACUUUAAUGCCGUUUUGCUGCUGUGGCGCCUGCCAGGAGUGAUCAGAUCUGGCUGUGCUUUAAGGGGCAGAUUGGGAUAUUUUGGACUCACUGCUUUUCAGCCUUUCUAUUUUUAAAAUAAUAGGUUUAAACUAUCUAUUUUGAAAUGUUAAAAAUAGACCUCAAAGCAAAUAAAUUCCGAUAAUAGUUUGCAAGGGAAAGGAAUGAGAAGUUUAUCUUACUCAGCCCUUCAGUACAACAUUCCGCCAUCUUGAUCUCAGGUGUUUCUACUGAACACAGACUCAUUACCCAAAGACCUUUGUGGGUGAACAGUGGGGGCUCUGCAGAGCUAAAAACAUCUGCUUAGGGCCUUUGGCAAAGCAAUCUUUGCUUUGUCUAAGGGUGUAAGGGGUCUGAGAAGCCAUGGCUGUGGCCAGAGAUAGGACAUCAAAGCCCAGCAGCUGGAUUCAGGCGGGGAAUAUCCAGCUUUUUGAUGUCACUUUGAAUGCAGCUGAAACUGGUUUGUGCAAAAAUGGCCCAAAUAGGAGGGACUGCUGUAUCUGUGUUCAUUUCUCUACUGUCAAAUAUUGCUGCUAUUAUAAAAUGCUGAUUGUUUGAAAACCUGGCUCAGUCUUUCAUUGAAUGACAUUAAAGAUGCAGGACUUCCCUCUUGUUAAUUUAUGCUUUUAUUUUCAAAAUGUACACUAGAAUCCUUUGAGAAAAGGACAUAUUUUUAAGACAAUAAAAAUGUUUCACCAACAAUAUACAGAAAAAA